AAGGUUAGAAAUUACAUAGGUUAUCAAGCCGACAUCUCUCUCACACCCCCUCUCCACUCUGGCUUCAACUUGCAGCUCAAAUCAAUGUAAGUUAUCACAAUUCACAACAAAUCACCAACUCUACCGUCACAACCCACCUUUCAAUUUCUUCAUCACUUCAACUUCUGAACCCCCAAUUUCUGUUUCUAGGGUUUUUCAAACUUCUAUUUAGGGUUUACAACCAAUAACCCUCACCAGAUAAACAAUUCAAGAGCUAAAUAGGGGCAAAACAGUGUGCUUGAACAGAUUACAAUGCGGCUGUUUCCGAUUAAUUCGUCCAGAGAGGUUAACAAUGAUGAAGCUGUAGUGUAUCUUAAUGUGUAUGAUUUGACUCCUGUUAAUGAUUAUCUUUACUGGGUGGGCUUUGGAAUCUUUCAUUCUGGUAUUGAAGUAUAUGACAUGGAAUACGCAUUUGGGGCCCACGAGUACCCGACCAGUGGGGUGUUUGAGGUGGAACCCAAAAGUUGCCCGGGUUUUAUCUUCCGGCGAUCGAUUCCUUUGGGCACUACGAACAUGUCUCCUUCAGAAUUCCGGUCGUUCAUGGAGAAUCUUUCUAACAAAUAUCAUGGUGAUACUUAUCAUUUGAUUGCCAAAAACUGCAAUCAUUUCACUAAUGAAGUGUGCAUCCAGUUGACCGGAAAACCAAUCCCUGGAUGGGUCAACCGUUUGGCUAAAGUUGGUUCUUUCUGCAACUGUUUACUGCCGGAAAACAUUCAAGUUGCAGCUGUCAGACAUCUUCCUGAUCAUGCAACAUAUUCCAAUGACGGGUCGGGUUCUGGUAAUUCGUCUUUCACAAUGGAGAGUGAAGAAGACGAAGUAGAUCAUCAUCUGUUAACUGCGCCAAACAGUGAUGUAGCAUUUUUGCAGGACACACCAGUGAGACUAGCUAAAGACCUCCUUUAAUCUCUAUUUUUAUCAAUAUUUUACUCGAUAAUCGGUAUUUUUAUAGUUAGAGUGUAUAGAUUUUUCCUUCUUGAGUGCCACUUCUUCCUCUGGUAAAAUGCUUAUGUUGUCUGUUGUUUUGUGUAUGAGUAAGAAAAAAUGUUUUGUGAUUAAUCAAAUGACUUGUAUAACGGCGUUUUUUCUCGGCACGUUUAAAACUAAAGUUUGUGUAUAAAUUUAGCGAGUUUAUAA